UGCACGACUAUGGCACAAAGACCACAAUCUGUAAUAAGGAGACAGAUAAACAGCUUACCUUCCCGAGAAAGGAGUUGAUGCGGUUGGAAUGUGUAGAAUUUGUCUUUGUUAAGAGUGUUAAGGCCUCCGACUGAAGAUCAAGAGAAAAUUAGUACUUGAACGUCAGUGUUGGUUAGGAAUCGGAAAUGACUGCUGCACAAGUAUGGUUCUUUUAGAGUUAUUGCUGGGUGAUAAAUGCUGGGAGGGAGCCCAUGCUGUAGAUUCCUGCUUAAGCUAAAGCUUGAUAAAAGUCAAGAAUUCACAUGAUGAGCUCCCACAUGAUAAAAGUUUGAAAUGUUAGAGUUGGUCAGGAAUCAGAAUUGUCCCUUUUUUGGGAUUACUGUUGCAAGGCAAAAUCAGAGCAUCAUCCGUGAGCCGGUUGUGUAGAUUCCUCCUUAAGCCCAUUGUUCAGAUCUCUGCUAAAGCUAAAGUUUGAUGAAAGUAAGGGAUCAGAUCCUAGCAAACCAAUGGAACAUUUGGUGGAUUCUUUGCUUGCACCCGUCACCUAUACAGACAAGCAAGUCAUUCCUGUCCUCUUCAUUCGUCUUUCUUUAUAUACUUGAUUGAAUUUGUUUGUUCAUAUUGACAAAGAUGGGUCUGGUCACCAGCAUAGCGGCAAAAGGAUUUUCAACAACACAGGUUAUUAAUAAAGCGACAGGAAAAUUCAACGAGUUCUUCCUGGGUGAAAAUAAGAGAAAUAUUGAUAAUUUAGACGAAUUCCAUCUGGCAAUUCUCGACAUGUUUGCCACUGUGAAUGGUGCAUUGCCUGGCAAGCACUGGGUUGUGCCUUCGUUUCACGAAAUUAAGGAAUGUUUUGAGGAAAGAGAAAAGGCAGUAGAUGAAGAAAGUAAGAAGACGGUUGUGGUAGAGUUCCUGAAGAAGAAAAUACAACCAAACAAGACAGAUAAUACAUUGCUCUUCAUUGGGCUGGCAACACCCCCUGCAGCAAUGGCAGUCAAGAAAGCCGGUGAAGCUGUGCCUCAGCUUAAAAUAAUAAAACGCAUUCCAGACGUUGUGUUUGUUCCUGCUGCUACAUUGCUGACUCUUGUUUCAGUUAAGAUUACCAGAAGUUUAUUGCUCCAACGUGCAGCAUCUGAAGACCAUCUAGUCGCAAAAAAACAUCUAGGAACAUCGGAUUCAGAAUGAAAAUUUACAGUUUGUACACAAGAUUGUAUGUAUAUGCAUUCCAUGUAUACUAAC